AUGUAUGUCAAAUUCAAUCCUUCUACCCUCCUUCCUUUAGGACUCCUUGUCAGUUCGGCUCUCGCCUCUCCUACGUUCCCUCAGCAGCAACCGCUUGGCCUUAACGAUGAACUUUCGGCCGCCAUCCGUAUCCAUUCCAAGAAGCCAUCAGUAGACGCAGGAAAGCUUGCUGCUACUAUAGAAACCGAGAAUCUUCUUCGAAGAGCAAAGGACCUUUACACCAUCGCCAAAAUCUCAGAACUGGAACAUGGCCACCCAACCCGUGUGAUAGGAUCAAAGGGACAUGUGGCAACCGUUGAGUAUGUACAAAGGGUCCUUGGAAGUCUCGGUGGGUAUUACACCCUCAGAGAACAAACUUUCCCAGCUUCCAGCGGUUAUAUCUUCGAAUCGCGAUUGGUUAUUGGGAACGAUGUUAUUGAACAUCGGGCUAUGAGUCUCACACCGCCGACCAAGAAUAGACAACCUGUUUCGGCUAAGGUUGUGGCGGCUAAGAAUGAUGGUUGCUCUGAAAGUGAUUUUGGGGAGGACAUCAAGGGCUCUAUUGCUCUCAUCGAGCGUGGACGCUGUCCGUUUGGUACAAAGUCAGAGAAUGCUGGGAAGGCUGGAGCUGUUGCUGCUGUGAUUUAUAACAAUGAACCUGGUUCCUUGAGUGGAACUCUUGGAACCCCAUCGGAAGAUCACGUCGCCACCUUUGGAAUUGCUCGUACAGCUGCCGAGCCAAUUUUGGAGAAGCUGAAGGCUGGGGAGGAGGUUGAUGGGUCUGCAUACCUUGAUUCCGAGGUGAACGUCAUCAAGACGAAGAAUGUUAUUGCUCAGACCGUUCUGGGAGAUCCUGAGAAUUGUGUUAUGCUUGGUGGACACAGUGAUUCCGUCGGGGAAGGACCAGGCAUCAAUGACGAUGGAUCGGGAUCGAUGACACUACUAGAAGUUGCUGUGCAGCUUACAAAAUUCUCGGUGAACAACUGUGUCAGGUUCGCAUGGUGGAGUGGAGAGGAAGAAGGACUUCUUGGAAGCACCUGGUAUGCGCAGCAUUUGACCGACGAGGAGAAUAAAAAGAUCAGGUUAUUCAUGGAUUAUGAUAUGUUGGCGAGUGUUAACUUUGCAUAUCAAAUCUAUAAUGCUACUGAUGCAGAGGGAGACCCGAAGGGUAGCGAGGAGCUUCGAAACUUCUAUAUUGAGGGGUAUAAGGGAUUGGGAGUGAACUAUACUUUUAUCCCAUUCGACGGAAGGAGUGAUUAUGUUGGAUUCAUCGAAGCUGGUAUCCCUGCCGGCGGUGUUGCCACCGGUGCUGAGGGUAUUAAGACCCCUGAAGAGGUUGAAAUGUUUGGAGGAAAAGCUGGGGAGUGGUACGAUCCUUGUUAUCAUCAGUUGUGUGAUGAUUUAACGAAUUUGGACGAGAAGGCUUGGAAUGUUAAUGCUAGGUUGGUGGCGAAGAGUGUGGGGAAAUAUGCGGAAAGUUUUGAAGGGUUCCCCAAGAGGGUACUGGAGAGUGAUGAGGUUAAAGCGGAGAGGAAGGAGAGUGCGAAGAAGUGGAAGUACAGAGGAAGCAAGUUGGUUAUGUAA